UAGUUACAACUCCAACAGUUAUACAAAUAUAUUUACUGCCCUGUAUUACAUAUUUACACCCUUAUUUUCAAAUAAAUAUUCACCGCUAAUUUACAUUCUGGUCAUUAGGCAAACGUAAUCACACACAUCCAACAUAACAGGAGGCUGUGUGGGUUCUCUGCAUUUUGCAUUUUAAUUGUGCCGUAUUCUUUUAAUUGAUCUGUUCAUCCGAAAGCCAAUCAGCAGCGAGGAGCCCGGUUCUGGUGUGUUCACAUCUAUUAAUGUGCCAGAUCUAACUUGCUGGAGAGAAAAAAACUAUCAAGGAACUGAGUUCUUAAUUCCAGAGAAGUUGAGUCAUGGACAGUGAAUGAACUCGGAUGUGCUGAGAAACGCCAAAACAAUCAAUCAUACCAGGAUUUAUUUUAAAUUCUUUUUUUUAAGAUGAUUCACCUGUGCAGGUUAAACGUGUAGCUUCCUAUGGGUGAAGCAUUGCCUUCUCCUUUAGAAGAAAGCCAAGUGGCUUCAAGUGGAUUCAAGUCCCAGAAUUGCCCAUAUUUGUCAUAACUAAGGUAAUUUAUAGACAUUUAUAGUUUGGACUUUUUACAGUUUUGUGGCGUAAAACGUGCGACAUCUAUCAAUUAGAACUUAUGAUAAUCAAGUAAAAAAUGUUGACAAUUAAAAAUUGAAGCGUAAUUUUCUACAAGGGAAAAUCGUGUGACUUUGGCGAGUAUAUACGUAUUUAUCGCAGCGUUGCGUAUCAGCUGCGUAGCGCACGUGCCGUUCUAACAGUUCGUUGCCCUCGAGACAGGGGAGGCUCGAGGUUUCCGUUGAGCGUCUGCUCCGGACGCCUGCAGGAUCCAGAAUCCUCUGCGCCGAGGCAACAUGGAAGAACCCAGCAGCUGCGAGAGAACAAUGUUUGGGCUGUAGACGCCGAAACGGACCGCCGAGGGGGAACCACACGAGCCCGGACAGCGGGUCAUGGUGCUGCACCGGAUGACACUGAUCGCCACCUCAUAGUUUUCCUGCCUGCUGGCCUUCACCAUGAACAUCAUUCAAGACAAACUAGGCAAUGAGUUCCUGCGCUCCAGUGGGACAAUGGAGCCCAAUUUCGGCUCUAGCAUGAUAAUGUUCAGCCAUCUCCCGCCGGUGACCAGCUUCACCCGCUUGACCGCCCACUCCGUCAUGCAGGAGCUUCCAGCGCCGGAGAUGAUCCUGAAGAAGGAGCGCGACUCGCCCGACUGCAGCAUGGCCGCUCAGGGGUGCGGCCUGGGCUCCGCCGGAGUGGGAGACUACGUUCAUGCAAUGGGCAUCAAGCAGGAGAAGCUGUCGGAGCACGAUUAUCGCCUGCCGCUCUAUCCCGGAGGGCUGAGCAAGAGCACGGAGCUGCUGGAGGUGACGGUCGGUAACCAGCAGAGUCUGCUGGUGCAUGAUGUCAAUAUGGGAAACCUGCCGAGUCAGUUAGGAAAGGAGCCCACUGGGAGAAAAGGUCGAAGGUCAAAUGGUGAUGGACAGGAGGGUAAACCGAGAAAGAAGAGAAGCGAGGCAAAGCAAUCAAUGAUGCUGGAGGCAGACGGAGGCAGCCUGUCGCCGGGAAACAAGCCUCACAUCUGUGAUCACUGCACUGCAUCCUUCAGAAGCUCCUAUCACCUUCGUAGACACGUCCUCAUUCACACAGGUGAGAGGCCCUUCAGAUGCAGUCAGUGCAACAUGAGUUUCAUUCAGAAGUACCUUCUCCAGCGGCAUGAGAAAAUCCACAGUGGAGAGAAGCCAUUCAGCUGUGACCAGUGUAACAUGCGUUUCAUUCAGAAGUAUCACAUGGAGAGACACAAGAGGACACACAGCGGAGAGAAGCCGUACAGAUGUGAAACCUGCCAACAGUUCUUCUCCAGGACAGACCGGCUGCUUAAGCACAAGCGAACCUGCGGAGAAGCCAUAAAGAAGGGGCUCGAUCCCGGGAUGAUGGACUUGGGUUGUGUUGGCAUGGAACAUGGCAGCUACAUAAUCACUCAGGGAAAUGCUGGGAGCACGGGGAAAAAGAGGGGGAAGUCCAAAAAUUCAGGAGAGGCAGGGGAACAGAAAAAGAAGAAGGGGGACGGUGGGGCGGCGCGGGUACCCAACGUUCAUGGUGCCGUGUCUGGAGGGUACAGCAUCCAUGAAUACUCUAUAGAGAACCAAACAGUGUCUUCCUCUACUGAUCCAGGACCCAGCAUGCAACAGGGCCACCACGGGAGAGCUCCCAAGAUGGCGUUCAAGAAAGCCAGCCGAAAGAGCCUGGACAAAGCCAGUGUGGAACAGGAAAAGACAGGCCCAAUGGAGCAGAUGGAUGGACUUGGCCUCAUGCAGGGAAAUCGGGCCAAGGUCAGCACCAGCAGCAACUACGACGACGCCAUGCAGUUCGUCAAGAAGAGACGCUACCUUCAUGCGGCGAACAACGUCAACUCGUCGGCGUCUGCAGCGCCGGGCGGCGUCGGCGGCGAUUACGACGUGGGCGUGCACUUGUCUUCCCAGCCGUCCAUCAUCCAGGGCGUCGUUUCUGGCGUGAUGGACAGCGAUGCAACUCUGACCCUGGAGAAGGUGGGGAUCUCCGACGAGGUGCUUCAGAGCCUCCUUGACCACUACACCCAGAAGCCCGACGGCCUGCACCACGACGUUCACUUUGACAUCGGCGACCAGCACGUGGAGCUGAGCGUGGCCUCGGCCGAAGGCGCCAACGUCGGCCACAGCGCGGACGCUCCCAGCCCGUCAGGGGACAAGACCGGCAUGAUGCACGAGUACUCCCGCUUCCUGCUGCAGACUUUGGAGCGCACCAGCCAAAGCGUGGUCUUUCCUCUGGGCCCCGGGCAUCCAGCCUCAGGACCGUUCACCACCUCCCCCCUAGGAACCCCCCUCUAUGCUGACAAGAACAUCUACACUACGUCCCCGCUGGAGUGCGGGUUCGGCCAGUCGGUGGCCUCCUCUGUGCCAAAGUCUCACUUUGCGAUGCUCACGGGUUCCUCUCCGCAGCACAGCUUCCACAUGAGCAGCCUGGAGCCCCCCCCACACCAGCAGCUCACGCCGUCUCAGGAGCUCAGCAACCAGAUGGAGAAGCCUCACUCCUCGACGCCACCGUCUUCCUACCAGAUCAGUCCGUCUGACCUGAGCAGCCAGAAGGAGCCGCUGCCGGUCAAAAACGGCACAGCGGUCUACUCCCUGGCCCCCUCACAGGAUCUGGUCUCUCUGGACUCCUCCAAGCCUUCCUACCAGAUCCAAACCUUUGCCCAGGCCUUUGGCUCCCAGUUUAAGGCGGACGGCCGCGGCUUGUCGUACGGCACUGACUCUAGCAGGGAGGUGGAUCACAGGAUACGGACGCCUGUGUCUGAAUUCUCAGGGUUUAGUAGUUUGUUGUCUGAUGUCAAUGAGCCAGUUAGUACAGGUUCCAAAACUCCAACAAGCCAAAGCUACAGAUGAGAGCUGGAGAUGGAGAGAACACUGUCUUUAAGGUUGUUAUUUCAAGUUUUUAGUGCUUCUAUUUUAAUAUUAUUAUUGUUAUUUUUUUAAGUGAUAUCUUUAUUUUAAUUAUACUUAUGCCCACUCCCCUCCACAAUAAGCCUGCGAGGCUUCUUGCAAAUGCAAUUCUGUUCUGUUGUUUUUAAGUUAAAUAUCUAUGUAUUUUACUGUCAUAUUAAUAACAUUAGGUCGGGUCAAUUAUCAUGAACUGAAAGUACCUUUUAGGUAAGCAUAGAAUAGUGCUGGAUGUAUUUCUUUUCCACUGAGCUGGAGUGGUUGAGCAAUCAACUAUAAAAUAACAAUAACAGAAAUAACCAUCGUGUCAGGGAAUAGCCCAAGAUUUAAAUAGCAAAAAAAAGAAUGGAGUUGCUGUCUGUUACGAAUUUAAAAGUAUAACUCAGGAAAACGUAGAAGCCUUUUGAGGAGCAGUGCUUUGAGACGUGUACGUUUGCGGCCUCACAGGAUUUUUCUCAUGUUUUAUUACUUGUUGAAUGAGUGUGACACAAGCAGACUGCUGCCAGCUCACUUGAACACUGAAACACUUUCUACUUGGCUACAUAGAGAUUAUGGUACUUUCGUGUCAAUGUGAAACUCACCUUUUCUUCAAUAAGGGCCAUAUAUAUCUAUAUAUAUUUAUAAAAAAUAUAUAUAUAUUAUGUACAAUAAGAGAUUUAGUUCUUCUGGGAAACCGCCUGUUGAGUGAGAGCUGGCUCAGGGGUAAAUGUUGUCCUUAGUGCAUUUUUGCAGAACAGAAGUGAUGUCAUGUUUUUUUUUCGGGCCGGUAGAGGCUGUUGUUUCUUCUUCCUCGUUAUCUCAAAGCUUUUCUGGGCUCCAGGUAGCACUUUGAGCCGCUUUCUUACAUUGAGUUGAAGUACCCAACUGGAGCAAGGAAGCUCCAGUGUCAGGACUGGACUUGACUUUUGUGACAGAGGUGUUUGGCCAUAUGCAGACGGGGUGUGAUUAUAGGAAUACCUCCAUCUGGGUGAAAAGGGAGGGAGCAUGUAAUAAGAAGAGUGGGAUUUGUUUAUGACAUCUUGGAUCCUUUUUUUGAGGUGAGUGUUUGUAUUUGGAGGGAGGGAGGUUGGGGAUUGUUAAAUAGAGUAACAUUUAAUCGGGAUAAUGUGAAUGUAACGCAAACCCCUAGUUUUAGUCCGACAUGUUACCCAACUUAGCGGCUUCGCUUUCUUACUGAAUUUGAUGACAAAAUGUGUUGGUGAUCAAGUUAUUCUGGAGCUGUUACCGUGGUAGCCAUAGCAAAAAGAACAAAGGAGGCUGACCAAAAAUGUGUAUGCAUUUAGACUUUGAACACGUGCUUGCAGAAAUGAGCACGUUUGUCCCUUUAGAAAUUUGGUGCCUAUUUCAUAAUAUGUACAUGUGCAAGAUGAAUUCUAGGAAAUGUUAGAUUUAAUGUUCUGGCUGAUUUUUUUUUUUUUUAAGUGUAUUUACUGUUGUUUUAAACAAGACAACCAUAACUGUGCUGUCUUCCAUAGCUGCAAAUGGCCUUGAGUGCUACAGAUGAUGUCACUCAGCUGAUUGAGGCUUUAAACCCCUUUACGACCCGAUGGCCUGUUGUUCAAGCAAUAGUCACAUGGCAGAGUGAAUGCAAUGCCGCAAUAUCUUCAACAAACUGUUGCCAUGUGGAGCAGGUGAGGCCUCGCACAUACCUCAUAUCACACUAAACCAGGGACAAAGGAGUGAACAUCUGAUGUAGCGGAGAUGCUGUCGUAUUGUAUAAAACGUGUCUGUUUUGAAACCAGUGUACCUGACGUUCGUGUGAGCCAGUAAGUCGGCGUUACUUGAGGUUCUCAGUGAACGUCUCAUGCCAAUCAGUGUUGAGUCUCUUCAGUUUGACAGCAGUUCCACCUGCUCUGUCCUCCACAUCUUUGUCAUAUUGUUUAAUGUUUACAUCCUACACUACAUCCUAUUCGACUUAAUUCUGUCUCAUGUAUAAAUUUUUUUUACCGUUUUUCUUAAAUUUUCUUUAAAAUCCCCUCAAAAUUUUUGUAGCUGAUAUCUUCCGUUUUUGUGUUCUUUCAGGUUCUUGUGACAUGUUUCAUGAGACUGUACUUGUCCAGUAAAUUUAAAACUGAUUAGCGAAAAAAACAAUAAAAAUGUUCUUAUUAA